AUGUCGGAUGACCCAGGCUUCCUGGACGCCAAGGACAGCAGGAAGAUGCCUGUGGUCUCCGUGACCCCCAUGGCCAACGGCGACUUGGCCCUCAAGUUGGGGUACUCCACACACCCCCCCCCACCCCCGCAGAAAGCUCGUUUUGGCCUGAGUGCGGUGGAGGACCUCGCUCCCCGGUUCAGGGCAGCCUUCCAGCGGCAAGCCGUGGCGGUCACUCUGCAGGAGGACAAGGUGUCCCUGACCCUCUCUGGGGGGCCCCCGGGGCUGCACUUUGAGCUCUCCAAAGUGCCGGGCCCAGAGGCAGCCCCCCGGCUGCAGGCACUGACGCUGGAAACCAGGAAGAGCCCGCGGCCGGGGGGCCCUCAGCAGUUCCUCCCAGACCCAGAGUCUCAGAGAGGCUGCCCUGGACCUGGGGUCAGGAGGCGGUGCCCCGGGGAGUCGCUCAUCAACCCCGGCUUCAAAAGUAAGAAACCAGCCAGUGGUGUCGAUUUUGAUGACCUCUGACCCUGCCGCGGAGAGGGGUCCCGCCUGGAGUUGGCCGGUGAGAAGAGGGGCAGCCUCGGAGGCCCUGCCACCUCCCCCGCAGAGCAAGCCCCUCCCCCACCCAAUAAACUCUGGUCGAGCGAG